AUGGCCCAGUUCUAUUACAAAAGAAGCGUCAAUGCCCCUUACAGAGACCGCAUCCCUCUUCGUAUAGUGCGAGCAGAGUCUGAACUCUCCCCUGCCGAGAAAGCCUACUUGAAUGCUGUGGAGAAAGGAGAUUAUGCCAGUGUGAAGAAAGCUCUGGAGGAAGCCGAAAUUUAUUUCAAGAUCAAUAUUAAUUGCAUUGAUCCUCUUGGAAGAACAGCUCUCCUUAUUGCAAUUGAAAAUGAGAACCUGGAGCUCAUUGAGCUGCUCUUAAGCUUUAAUGUGUAUCUCGGAGAUGCUCUGCUGCAUGCCAUACGAAAGGAGGUCGUUGGAGCUGUGGAACUUUUAUUAAAUCACAAAAAGCCGAGUGGGGAGAAACAGGUGCCACCAAUACUGCUGGAUAAGCAGUUCUCAGAAUUCACACCAGACAUUACACCCAUUAUUUUGGCUGCCCAUACGAACAAUUAUGAGAUCAUAAAACUUCUUGUACAGAAGGGGGUUUCUGUACCUAGACCACAUGAAGUCCGCUGCAACUGUGUUGAAUGCGUCUCAAGCUCAGAUGUGGACAGCCUUCGCCAUUCUCGAUCCAGACUCAACAUUUACAAGGCUCUGGCAAGUCCAUCUUUGAUUGCGUUGUCCAGUGAGGAUCCUUUCCUUACAGCAUUUCAACUCAGUUGGGAGCUUCAGGAACUGAGUAAGGUGGAAAAUGAGUUUAAGUCGGAAUAUGAAGAGCUGUCGCGUCAAUGCAAGCAAUUUGCAAAAGACCUCCUGGAUCAGACACGGAGUUCCAGGGAAUUGGAAAUUAUUCUCAAUUACAGAGAUGACAAUAGCUUGAUAGAAGAACAGAAUGGUAAUGAUCUUGCACGAUUGAAGCUGGCAAUUAAGUACCGACAAAAAGAGUUUGUUGCCCAGCCCAACUGUCAGCAGCUGCUUGCAUCCCGCUGGUACGAUGAGUUCCCAGGCUGGAGGAGGCGGCACUGGGCAGUGAAGAUGUUGACAUGUGCCGUGAUUGGACUCCUUUUCCCUGUCUUCUCUGUGUGCUACCUGAUCGCUCCCAAAAGCCCAUUAGGGCUGUUCAUCAAAAAGCCAUUUAUCAAAUUUAUCUGUCAUACUGCAUCCUACUUGACUUUUCUGUUUCUGUUGCUCCUUGCCUCUCAGCACAUCGACAGGUCGGACUUGAACAUGCAGGGGCCACCUCCAACCGUUGUCGAGUGGAUGAUAUUACCGUGGGUCCUGGGUUUCAUAUGGGGUGAAAUUAAACAGAUGUGGGAUGGUGGACUACAGGAUUACAUUCAUGACUGGUGGAACCUAAUGGAUUUCGUAAUGAACUCCUUAUACUUGGCAACAAUUGCUUUGAAAAUUGUUGCAUUUUCAAAGUAUAGUGGCUUACUCGCGCGUCAAAAAUGGGAUAUGUGGCACCCCACAUUGGUGGCUGAGGCAUUGUUUGCUAUUGCGAACAUCUUUAGUUCCCUGCGCUUGAUCUCAUUAUUUACUGCAAAUUCUCACCUGGGACCUCUGCAAAUAUCUCUAGGAAGAAUGUUACUGGACAUUUUAAAGUUUCUAUUCAUAUACUGUCUCGUGCUGCUAGCUUUUGCAAAUGGAUUGAACCAGCUGUACUUCUAUUAUGAAACAAAUGAACCCGACAGCUGCAAAGGAAUACGGUGUGAAAAGCAGAAUAAUGCAUUUUCAACACUAUUUGAAACACUACAGUCAUUAUUCUGGUCUAUAUUUGGUCUCAUCAAUCUGUACGUGACCAAUGUACAGGCACGACAUGAGUUUACUGAGUUUGUUGGGGCCACCAUGUUUGGAACCUAUAAUGUCAUCUCGCUGGUUGUUCUACUCAACAUGUUAAUAGCCAUGAUGAAUAACUCUUACCAGCUCAUUGCUGAUCAUGCAGACAUCGAAUGGAAGUUUGCUCGAACAAAGCUUUGGAUGAGUUACUUUGAAGAAGGAGGGACUCUGCCUACUCCCUUCAAUGUUUUACCAAGCCCCAAGUCUCUCUGGUAUCUGAUCAAAUGGACAUGGAGACAUCUGUGCAAGAAAAAGAUUAGAAGGAAACCCGAAAGUUUUGGAACCAUAGGGGUAAGGACCUUGCACAGGCGUGCAGCUGAUAAUUUGAGGAGACAUCAUCAAUACCAGGAAGUGAUGAGAAAUCUUGUUAAGCGAUACGUUGCCGCAAUGAUAAGAGAUGCCAAAACUGAAGAAGGACUCACAGAAGAGAAUUUUAAGGAGUUAAAGCAAGAUAUUUCCAGCUUUCGUUUUGAAGUCCUGGGUUUGUUGAAAGGAAACAGACUUUCUAAUUUGCAAACUUCAAAAAUCAACAAAGAAGCCUCUUCUUUGUUAGAGACUGAUGAAAACUGUGCGAGUGGAGGAAAGGAGAAAGUAAAGAAAAAGAACUUCAGCCUUUUUGACAUAACUACACUGAUUCAUCCAAGAUCAGCUGCUAUAGCCUCUGAACCACAUAACAUAAGCAAUGGAGCUGCACUGAUGGUGUCCGAGCCCAUAAAGGAGAAACAAAAAAGGGUGAACUUUGUAACAGACAUAAAAAGCUUUGGAUUAUUUCAUAGACGAUCAAAAACAAGCUCCCUGGAAGUGAGUGCAAAUAAAAUAUACUCUGUGUCUGAAGAAGUUUCACAACAACAGGUGGACGAACAAUGCGAGAAAACUACUGAACUGGAAGGGGAAAAAUUGGUCAUGAACUGUGAAUUAAGCGUCCAAGGUCUCAGUGAAAAGUGCAUGCUAACAAACAAUAAGCAAACCAACAGUGAGACUUUGGAUUCACAGCAUGAGGAGAAUGAUUGUGCUGUGGAAACCGAGAAGACAGAGGUACAGGACUCAGACCCCCCCACACCAGAGGAUUUGCUGGACAAGAAGUUGGACAUUACCAGUGACUCGGAGAUGAACGAAGAGACAGUUGUUCAGGAUGAUUAUGUAACAACGAGGUUGUGA